AUGACAGUAGUUAAUGUAACAGUAAAAUGGAAAAAUCAUGUUUUCAAUGACGUUGAAUUGAAUGUAUGUGAACCACUUAUUUUAUUUAAAACACAAUUAUGGCAAUUAACCAAUGUUCCACCAGAAAAACAAAAGUUAAUGUACAAAGGACUACUAAAAGACGAUGUAGAUUUAUCCAAUUUGAACAUAAAAGAAAAUGACAAAAUUAUGCUAGUAGGUUCAGCUGAAACCUUAGUGGAAAAUCCAAAAAAUACAGUUUUUGUUGAAGAUUUAUCAAAAGAAGAAAAAGAAAAAUUACAUACAAAAGAAAAUAUAACGUUUGAAGAACAGGGUAUAGUAAAUUUAGGGAAUACAUGUUACUUUAAUGCUAUAUUACAAUUUUUAACUUCAUUUGAUGAUUUAGGAGAAUUUCUUAGAAAUGUAAAAAGAAAAGAUUCUUUAGCUAAAUCUAAUAAAGAUAUUUUGUUUGAUUCUUUUAUACAUUUUUCUCAAACAUUUGGGAAAUCAUCAGAACCUUAUGUGCCACUUGCUUUAUUAAAAUCUUUUAGAGAAGUUUUUCCAAAAUUUAAAGGAGUUAAUUUAAGAACAAAACAGUAUGCUCAGCAAGAUGCAGAGGAGUGCAUGAAUGCUAUGUUUACUGCUUUAAAUGAACAGACAGAAUGUAAAAUAAUUGAUAAAAUAUUUUCUUUUAAAAUUGUUAGUAAAACAAAAUGUAUAGAAACAAAUAUCAAUGAAGAAAAACUCAAUGAAAAUAAAGAACAAAAUUUAGAUGACGAAUAUGAAAUAACUGAAGAAUUUCAUAAUAAAUUAAUAUGCUAUAUGGGAACACAUAAUGUUCCAGUUAAUCAUAUGCAUGAAGGAAUACGGUUAUCAUUAAAUGAAAAAAUUAAAAAAAUUAGAUCAAAAGAUGAAAAAGAUGCUUUAUAUGAAAAGAAAUCAGAAAUUGAUUCAUUACCACCGUAUUUAAUCGUUCAUUUUUUAAGAUUUGAAUCAAAAAGAAUAGUUGAAUCAAAUAACGAUGUUUCAGUAGUUACAGCCAAGAUAUGCAGAAAAGUUAGUUUUCCAGAAAUUUUUGAUAUAUAUGAUUUUUGUUCAGAAAGAUUAAAAAAUGAAUUAAAAACAUCUAGAGAUAUAAUUAUGAAAAGAAAAGAAAAGGAAACAUGUUCGGAUGAUAAAGAAUCAAGUAACUUAAAGGAGAAUAUUUAUAAAAAAAAAAAUGAACAAACAAAAAUAAAUAAUGAAACAUGUGAUGUGAAAUAUAAUAAGAAUGAGGACAAAGAAAAAGAAAAAAAUGAUGAAAAAAAUGAUGAGAAAAAUAAUGAAAAAAAUGAUGAAAAAAAUAAUGAAAAAAAUGAUGAAAAAAAUAAUGAGAAUAAAAAUGAAAAAAGUGACGAACAAAAAUAUGAGAAAAAUAAUGAAGAAAGUGAUGAAAAAAAUAAUAAUGAAAAAGAAGAAAUAAUAGAGCUUUUCACAGGAGAAUAUGAAUUAAUUUCAGUUGUAACACAUAAAGGCAGAAAUGAAGAAAGUGGACAUUAUAUUGCUUGGAAAAAAAUGAGAAAUUAUAUAAGUGAAAAUUCUAGGGUUGAUGAAAAUGAUGAAAUAAAAAAAAAAAUCAGAAAAGUAAAUGAUUCUAUGUGGUUAAAAAUGGACGAUGAUAAAGUAACAACCCACAAAUUUUCUUCACUUGAUUUAAGUGGAGGAUGUAGUGAUUAUCACAUAGCUGUUUUAUUAUUGUAUAAAAGAAAAAGUAUUUCCUGUACACAAAAUGAAAUAAAUAAAUAUUCAAAAUAG